AUGUCAUCACAAAGAAAUCAGGCGUUGAGUGAUCUAAAAAAUUUACAAAACAGUUUGACUUCUACUAUUGUGCCUCCAACAACGGUUACAACAGUGGUUGUAACAACGGAAACAACAACGGAUACAUCAACGGAUACAUCAACGGAUACAUCAACGGAUACAUCAACGGAUACAACAACGGAUACAUCAACGGAUACAACAACGGAUACAUCAACGGAUACAACAACGGAUACAUCAACGGAUACAACAACGGAUCCAACAACGGAUACUACAACUGAUGUAACAACGGAUACAAGAGCGGAUACCACGACGGUUGCAACACCGGAUGAGAUACCAGAUUUAUCAGAUGAAAACUCGGAACAUUGA